AUGGUUGUCUAUGGGGCAUACACACCUGCUAUAAAGCUGCACAAUUUGGCCUAUGCCCACGAAAAUGACUGUCGUUGGGAUGGAGAGACAUGCAGCAAUGCUGCUUUGAACGGUCAUUUGGAAAUCCUAAAAUAUGCCCACGAAAAUGGCUGUCCAUGGGAUGAAUACACAUGCCAACAUGCUGCUGGAAAUGGCCAUUUGGAAUGCCUCAAAUAUGCCCAUGAAAAUGGAUGUCCGUGGAGGAACCAAUCAUUCCAAUUUGCCGCGGCAAAUGGUCAUUUGGAAAUCCUGAAGUAUGCCCAUGAGAACGGCUGUCCAUGGGGACCAUGGGGAAGAUUCACCUGCUAUAAUGCUGCAAAAUUUGGCCAUUUGGAUUGCCUCAAAUAUGCCCAUGAAAAUAGCUGCCCAUGGGAUGAAGGCACAUGCACAGUUGCUGCUGAAAAUGGCCAUUUGGAAUGCCACAAAUAUGCCCAUGAAAACGGCUCUCCUUGGGAUGAAGAGACAUGCAGCAAUGCUGCUCUCAAUGGCCAUUUGGAAUGCCUCAAAUACGCCCAUGAAAAUGGCUGUUCAUGGGACAAAGACACAUGCCGCUUUGCUGCUGAAAAGGGCCAUUUGGAAGUUCUCAAGUAUGCCCAUGAAAAUGACUGUCGUUGGGAUGGAGAGACAUGCAUGAAUGCUGCUUGGAAUGGACACUUGGAAUGCAUCAAAUAUGCCCAUGAAAAAGGCUGUCCAAUGGACACAAGAAACAUAUGGAGGGGAGCUGCUCUCAAUGGCCAUUUGGAAGUGCUAAAAUAUGCCCAUGAAAACGGUUGUCCAUGGGAGAGAGAUGGGUUGCCGAUUGUUGGCACUUCACAGGUAAAGGCUUGGAUUCAGGAAGUCACAGCCCAGAUCAGUGGUUGA